AUGAGAGAAAUCAGUAUUCUCUCUUCAAUAGGUGAAAAAACCUUCAGAACCUACAACAGGAUUUAUGGUGGUUUUCUUUGGUUUAUCAAUGUGUUCGAUCUUACCAUUGAUAAUCCUUUAGCUAUUGAAUAUUACAUCUCUUACCUUCUGGUUAAUGUUCAAGGUUACAAAGCAAAUACUGUGCAAGCAGCUAUUCAAUUCUUUGCUAACCUUGAUGGCAGAACAAUUAAUAUUUCCGUCUCUUACCCUAAAGUUAAAAAAGGUGUCCUUAAGCUUUAUUCACUUUCGGAUAAAGUUUCUCUUCAAAGAGAUCCGAUAACAAUCAAACAUUUGACUGAUUAUUUGAAGUGCAAAGACAAAGUGGAUAAUUUCACUUUCCGUCUUACAUCUGCUAUUCUAGUAAUUGGUUUUAGACUAUUUGCAAGACCUGGUGAGGUUGCGCGACUAAAAUGGUCAUAUAUCAAGAUGCUUAAAAAAGGAAGAAUCAAGAUUGAUCUCAGUGGUCAUAAAACUGACUUCUUCCUUAUUGAAAAACCAAUUACUAUCGAAAGGAAUACUAAAGAUCCUAAUCUUUGCCCAAUUUCAAUACUAAAAUCAUACAUGGAUUUGGUUAGGAAUUUCAAAGAUGCUGAGUCCCCAUUAUUUUCCUUCGAAAACGACAAAUUCUUUGAUUCAGAUGGUAUUUCAAAAAUACUAAAGAAUGCAGUGGGUAUAGUAGAUCAAGGCGUAACAGUCUCAGGUCACAGCCUUAGAAUAGGUGCUAUCACAGAAGGACUCAGAAAGGGUAUGUCUACAACUGAUCUAAUGGUCGGUGCAAGACAUAAAAAGGAAAAAAAUUUAUUUCCUUACCUUAGAUCUGAAGGCCUAGCUGGCAAGAAUUUCACUAACACUCUAUUUUCUCUGGACUAA